AUGUUACGAUCUGGUAUUACAAAUUAUCAAUGUUUUUCAUAUAUUCUCACAAUUUUCAUGCUUCCAAUCACAUUUUCGGCAGUUUGGCCAAUUUUUACACCGUAUUUAUCAGUCGGUGAGUUAUUUUAAAAAACAUUUCCUUAAAAUUUUCAAAAAUAAAAUUACUGUAUUUUAACUGAAACUUAUAUUUGUUUACAUAUGUUACAUUUUCCUCAAAAAGUUUUGAUUCUGUUCAAAAAUUAUUGUUUUGGGUUUAUUAUUUCUCAAUGUUCAUUCGAUUUUCGCGCAGUUAACCAUAUAAAUGACUACAUUUUCAGAGAACUUUGUGACGUAGAAUUUAUUUGGUCAUAAAAAAUCACCUGGAUUUUAUUCCGUAUUUUUUCCUUUUGACUCGAAAAGGUCGUUUACAACUCAAUUUCUUUUUCUGAGAAUAAAAUCUUUGAGAGGAAGAAAAAAAGGGAAAAUGAGUAUUAUCAAGAGAUUUUCAGAGGGAAAAAUAAGUAGGCGGAAUAAUCAAAAGAAAACAAUAAUAGUAAUAAUAAUAAUUAACAAAAGUACACUCAUCUUCGAUUGAAAAAUUCAAGUUACAGUAUAUUACAAAAUUUGUCAUGUUUUUUUUGAUAAAUUUUAUUUCAUUUCAUUUUAUUAAAAUAAUUAGUCAUGGUUGAAUAGAAAACACAAAAAAAAUCGCCAAUUCUCGAAAUUCAUAAUUAUAUAGUUGACUAAUUACAGCUUUUGGCUAAUGAUCAACAUGAUAUGAUUACUAGGGUGAAAAUGUUGUAGAACUAUAUUUUAUCAAACUACAGUAACCUGAUAUAUUGAUUUUUUCAGCUUUCGUUGUCAUUUUUAUCUAUAUUUAUAUUCUUGUUAUUAUUUUAACAAUUAAAGAUUCUUGUGUUCCUGAAUUAACAAGAAAAACAAAAGAAGAAAGUGAGUUAUUUCAACAUUUUAUCAUGAAUAUAUUUCAAUUUUUUCAGAUUUUGUUCGUAAGAAAUUCAAAUCUGAACCGGGUCGACAUGUCAUAGAAAACUCUAAGUGUAAUAUUUGCGAAAUAACUGUGUAAGUUAUAAUUUUUUGUUAAGAAACAUUUUUAUUGGAAAAAUUUAUGAGGAAUGAACUUCAGAACUUUUAAGAUAAUUCCAAAUUGUGAGACCUAUUUCAGCCCUUAAUAAAAUUACAGAAUUUUCCUGAAGCCUAAAAAAUCUUUUAUUUCAGACAAAAAGAAACAAAGCACUGUAAAAGAUGUAAUUAUUGUGUAGCUAAAUUUGAUCAUCAUUGUGUUUGGUUAAAUAAUUGUAUAGGUGAAGCUAAUUAUCGGUAAGUUCAAAUAUUUUCGAUUAUAAAAUAAAUUAACUAAAUUCUUGCAGAUUAUUCAUGUUACUUAUCAUUUCUAUGUCAUUUAUAGCAUUUUGUACAUUUAUAAUAUCUUCAUACAUUUUAAUUGCUUGGUUUUCGCGCUCAAAAAAUGGUUUAGUUUCUAUAAAUUACGGUAGACUUCCUAAGCUCUCAAAAAUGUUCAGUUUUUCAAUAAAUUUUUUUAGACAAUGAAUGGACCUGGAUGCGAAUUUUAUGGGUUGUUUCUGCGGCUGUUUGUGUUUUUGUCUACUUUUUUACAUUUGUUACAACAACCCAUUUAUUAUAUUUUCAUAUUCGACUUUGUGAGUUGUAUGAACUCUAACGAUAAUUAUUUUUCAAUUUAUUUUCAGAUAAACUUGGAAUGACAACUUAUAAAUUCAUAGUUUCAAAACGUCGUGCAAAAGUUGGACAUAUUGGACAAAUAUCAACAGUUUCUCAAACGAACACAAGAACAUAUAGUCAGGCAUAA